AUGGGAGACGCUCAGUCUGCGCAACGGGAGAGCAAGAAUGACGCGGCGGCUGAGGAGGAGAGCGGAAAAGUGGACGAUGCUCGGCCUGGGCAGGAUACUUCCGACAAGCCUCUCAGUAAUAAUGGGCAAAUAUCUGAGGUCAGUGGAAAUGCAGACAGCACUAUAGCAGAAGUUAAUUGUCACUGUGAGGAGGAGAUCACUGCAGAGGCUUUCCUUUCUCCAGAUGAAGAAGUUUCAGAAACAACAAAGCCACCGAGAGAAGACGAAAUACCAGUAGAAAAUGUUGAAAAUAAUGAAGAAGAAUCACCUAAUGACGUUGAUGUUAAUGAAGACUUGGCCCGGGAAAUGACUGAAAUGGAUGCAAAGCAAAAUGACAUCAAUGAAAGUUUUAAGAGAUUUUUCAGUAACAUCGGUUUGAAACUGACGGUAAAAAGAGGCUCGGCUGGAAAAGCUGAACUAGAAAAAGAUGUGCUUGAUGAGACCAACGAGGAAGAAUCAAAUAGAUCAGAAGACGUCGGGAAUACUGCAAAGGAAACCAAAAGUGAGAAUGCUGAACAGAAUAUUGAUCUGAAUGCAGCACAGGAGACUUAUGACAAUGAUUCAACAACAUGUCCUACCCUGACAGAUGUUACAUCGGAGGACGUUCUAGAACAUCCAGAGGAAAAAACAACAGAGGCCAAAGAGGAAGUUGAAUCUGAUCAUGUAGAUGCAGCAACAACUUCACCUGUAGAUGAAGAUAUAAAGGCACAACAGGAUGCCACACUUGAAGAAGACCUACAUCCAACAUCUCCAUCUAGUUCUGAAGCAGAGAUGGUUGUAUCUCCAAUUAAACGUUUUUUUACAACUGGAAUCUUUUCUGGACUACGGAAGAAAAAGAGGUCCAUAGAUGAUGAGUUAAUUGAGAAAGAACUGUUGGAGUUUGGGAAAAAGGAAACAGUAGAGACAACAGAAAAAAACGUAGAAGUACAACAGGAUAAAGAGGCGACUAGUCCAUGUGUGGAGGCAGCUGCAGUUGAGGCAGAACAUGAAGAAGACGAACUUAAAGAGGAGAUCCUGUCUGCAGCAUCAGCUCCGAUGACGGAUGACGGGAAAUCACCUCCCACAGAUCCAGCAACCAUUACUGUCAACGAGCCUGAAAUGAUGAGUUCUCAAGAGAAAGUUCAAGCCAGUCCUCUGAAAAUGCUCCUAUCAGGGUCUAGUAUAAAGAAACUCUCCAAAAAGCAGAGAGGCAGGAAAUCAAGUGACACGAAGCUGUCAGACUCUGGAGAACACUUUUCAGAUCAGCUCAUGUCAUCUACCGAGUCAGAUGAGAAACGGAAAGAAGAAAGUCCUACGCAACACUCUGAAGAGGCAGCAGGAGAUGAGGAUGGUGCAUGGGCUUCUUUCAAAAAACUUGUGACUCCAAAAAAGCGUAAGAAGAGGUCCUCAUUGACCAAUGAAGAGACACAAAUCCCAGGCUCAGUAGAGGAAACAAAACCAAGUGAAGGAGAGCAAAUAUCAGAUCGCAGCACUGAUGAAGGCAAAAAAAGAAAAGAUUCAUCUGUCUCAUGGGAAGCUGUUCUGUGUGGAUCUGGACGGAGAAGCCGAGGCCGAAAAACAUCAGACUCCGAGGAUGAAAUGCCCCAAGCUGAACAUGACAGUAAGAAGCAAGAGUCGCCACUAGAAAGUUCUAACGAGGUCAGUUUAAUUUCAUCCUUUUCCCCCAAACAAGCAGGAAGUCCCUCAGAGGGUGAUGGAGGAUCAACAUGGAAAUCGUUUAAAAAACUCGUCACCCCCAAAAGGAAAGCCAAAGAUGAGGAAGAAAGCAAAGAUAAUAUAGAGUCUGAUACUGAAGUUACUCAGGAUGAUUCCUCCUUUUCAAUAAAGAAACUUCUCCCAGGUCAAAAAAAGAGGAAGUCUGCUGAAAAGCAAGAUCAGGUAUCUUCAGAUGAGGCUGAUAAAGAAGUAGUUUCAGGUGAUGAAGAUUUCGAGACACCAGCUGUGGUUCCAUUGUCUGAGUUUGAUACAAUUGAAACAGGAGUUCACAUAAAAAAACAGGCUGAUGUAGAAAGUCAUGUACCCAAGGAAGCAGACUAUGAACUGCAGCAAGACCUCCUUGAACAAAUGGCUGAACCAGUCCAAUCUUGUGACAGUCCGCAAACUGAAGCAGAUAGAGUCCAAGACAACCAGGAUACUUUAGAAAAUGAGGCAUCUACAGCUCCUGCUUCAAAUGAAGAACCUGAGGACGUUACAGAAUUAAUCAGUAAGCAUCAACAACUCAGUGAUAUUCCAGAGGAGGGUAUAAUUACAGAGACCAUAGCCACUCCAACUUCAGUCACUGAAGAGGCAGCUAGAGAUGACACUAUAGCAGAGGAUCUGAUAGAGAUCACAUCUGAAGCCAUAACUGCUCCAGAGCCUGUAGACAUUACCUUGGCAGAUGAAACUGAGAUGAUCUCUGCAGUUUCCCAGCUAUCAGAGUCUUCAAAAACAUCUGGCAACACAACACCAGUCCCAGCAGAGUAUGACGCCAAAGAUACAAUGGAGCUCCUGCAACAGGCUGUUGAAACCAUCUCCAUAAUCCCAAAGGCAGUUCCAGUGUGUUCAGAUGAGGUAAACUCAGAAAGAAUAAUUGGAUCUGUCUCACAUCAAAUACUUGAAUCAUUUGUAAAAGAGCAGACAAAAAUUCUGGAAAUACACAGGAGAUCAGACACAACUGCCUUUAACACAGGUCUAAAUGUUGAAGAACUGGAUGUUAUUAAUGAAUUUACAGCAACAGCCCAAACAGAAAAUAUAUCUGAAGUCAACGAAGCUGUUUCCACAGAAAUUGUAUCUGAAGUUCCUACUGAGGUGUUUGACGAAGCUGAAAUUGCUGUAGAUGAAGUUCAUGACGUCAAUAUUUCAAAUCCAGAAGGAAGCACAAAAGAAAUAGAAAGUACUGAUGAGAGCCAGCAUAUGGUGGGAAGCCAAUCUGAGGUAAAUGAAGCUGUGUCUAUAGAGACAUUACCACAAGGUGAAGAGAUUGUUGCAGAUGAAGGCUCUCUAGUUGGGGCCCAUCAAGAUGAAAAAGAGCCCCUAAAAAUUGACUUUCAAGAAGCAGAAUCAGUGGCUACAAUAGCAGAAGAAAGUAAGGAUGGAGGUGUGCAGCAGGAAGUCCAAACUCAGACACAAAAGGAAGAUCAAAUCUUACUCAAUAUCACUGAUCAAGUUCAAGUUGAGGAUAAAGAUCAACCAGUAGUAGAGGUGGAGGAGUUACAGGAAUUAGCAGCUGUCACAUCAGAUUCAGAGGAGGGUAGUGUUCAAUCACUUGAAAAAGAAGUUGUAUCAAAGGCCCUUCCAGAGGCAGAAACUGUUACAGAUGAACCCAAAGAGGAAACAGAGCCUCUCACUGCAGUCAGUGAGUCAGUGGAUGCUUUCGAAACUGAACAUGUUCAAGAACCGGAGAUAUUAGAAGCUUCACAAGUUAUAAAAUUAGAUUCAGAACAGGGUAGUGUCCAAUCACUUGAAAAAGAAGUUGUAUCAAAGGCCCUUCCAGAGGCAGAAACUGUUACAGAUGAACCCAAAGAGGAAACAGAGCCUCUCACUGCAGUCAGUGAGCCAGUGGAUGCUUUCGAAACUGAACAUGUUCAAGAACCGGAGAUAUUAGAAGCUUCACAAGUUAUAAAAUUAGAUUCAGAACAGGAUUAUGUCCCAAUUACACAUGAACCCAAGCAUGAGGUGCAUCUCAGUGCAGUGCAAGCCAGUGUUGAGGGAGAAAAAGUAGGUGAACUUUCAGGUGCUGAGAUAAGGAGUGCUGCUGUUGAGCAUUGCAAGGGGGCACAAGUGAUCAAGUGUUAUCCAAAAGACGUGUCAGCGGUGAUAUCUGAUGUUUUGAUAGAGAAAACUUCAGAGAUUCAUGAACCCUUGUUAGACUCAGUGGCAAAUGAGCAGGAGUUCAAGGAGACAAUUGAGACUGCAAUACCAUUAGUGAAAGAUGUUACUCAGACAGCUGAGGGAGGCAGUGCGGUGAUGAUGAUGAAUGUGCCAUCUAUACAGUUUGAGGACAACCACAGAAUUCAAGUGCAGCUGGUCGAUGUCGAUAUCAAAUCAGCUGAGACAAUUGUUGACACAGCACUAGAGGUAGGGGUAACAGAAGCCAAAGUAGUUAGAGAUGUUUGUCAUGAAACAAAUAAAGAUGUAGACAAGUUCUCUGCCACAUUGGAGACUGAAGAGAAAUUAACUAAUAAGGAAAACAAGGUGACCAUUCAAGAAGUUAUUCAAAAUGUAAAGGUGAAUUUACCGGAGACAUUACCUGAAUCAGUGCUUGUCAAUCUUGAACAAGAAGUUAUAAAACAGACAGAUGCUGUGACAGAGGCAAGUGAGAUACCUGAAAGUGAGUUAAGUGAAGUGGAGGAUCAAAAAGUGAUGGAGGAUAGUAUUGGAACUUUCAGGGAAAGAGGAGAUGAAGCAUAUGCUGUCAUCAGUGAUGACUCUGCAACUGAACAGCAAGUGUUUGAGGAUCUCAGGAAAACAUCUGAUAUUCCAGGAAGUUCAGUCUUGAUCCCUGAUCGCAAAGAGGAUUUGGAGGAGCCUAAAGCUAAACUGGAAGAAUCUGAAGCAGAUGUAACAACUGAAGAGGUCAAAUUGUCAUCAGAUGAUUUAGAUGUGAAGAAAAUUAAAGAGGAAGCACAACUUCCACAAAUUGCCCAGAGUGAGAUUGUAACACCUAGUAACACUGGAUCAGUAGUCCCCCAAAACACUGGAAUAAUCUCAUCAAUAGGUAAUGUGGAGUCCCCUUCUAGCCUUUCUUUAGAAUUCAAACUUAACAUACAGUUUGGGCAAGCAAAGGCAACAGCUUCUCCACCACCCACACCAGAGAGAAUUGAACCAGUUAAAAAGACAGUUGUGUCUGAGGUUGGUGUUCAGGCAGAACCCAAAAAGCAAACAAAUCCAACACAAAGCGCUGAGAGCCAGAAACAGACAGAGUUAACUGAGGUCGCUGUUCAGGCACCAAAAAUCGUAAAACCAGAACCAGUUAACUUAGAUACAACAGAAAGAGCAGGGAUCAUGAAUCAACCAGUACUACUGGAUGUUGGCAUGGCAGCAAUAGUAACUGUAGAUCCAGUAGAACAAAUCAAAUCAACAGAGAAAGUAACCCCCAACAUCCAAGUGACACAAACAAUACAAACAGUAAGGCAAAGAGAGAAAAGAGAAGUGUUCCUGAGUCAGCCAGUAAUCUCUGAAGCUUGUGACCAAGAAACAAAAGCAGAGGAACCUGUUGAACAAACAGAGGAGGAAAUGGACCCGGAUGUGUGGAUGGAUGCUGAGGAAAACAUUUAUGCUAAAGAGGCAACAGAAGUGUCC